GUCAGUGUCAGCUUUGCGCACGCAGCUCUCCCUCCCGGAGCCGGUACCGGCCCGCGAGCCCCGGCGUCUCUGCAGAUCAGUCCCCGCCCGGGUCCGGCGGGGCCCGUGCGGCGCCGUGGGAGGAGUCGACCGCUGGCUGGCGACUAGCUGAGGUCGGACUGCUGAACCUAGCGACCAGGACCCCCGGCUACCGAGACAGAGCCCCAGCGACGCGACCCCGGAGGACCUCUUCUAGAUCGGUGGCACCUACUAGUCGCAGGCAGUCGGCCCCGGAGAACCCCCGAGCCCGCGCUCCUAGCCCCGGGGGAGCCCGCCCCCGCCCCGCGGCCCGCCCGGGCCAUGCUCCCCCGGGGCAGCGGCUGAGCCCGAGCUCCGACCGGGACCGGAGCCCGCACGGAGCAUGGAUCCCGGCUGGGGGCAGCGGGACGUGGGCUGGGCGGCCCUGCUGGUCCUCUUCGCCGCCUCGCUGCUCACGGUAUUGGGCUGGCUGCUGCAGUAUGCCCGGGGUUUGUGGCUGGCGCGGGCCCGCGGAGGCCGGGGCCCGGGACCCGCCUUAGCCGCGGAGUCCGGGGGUUCCCUCCGGGAGCUGGGCGUGUGGCGCUCGCUGCUGCGGCUGCGGGCGAGUCGGGCUGGCGUCCCCGAGGAGCCAGGCGUCCGGGGCCUCCUGGCGUCGCUCUUUGCCUUCAAGUCGUUCCGGGAGAACUGGCAACGGGCUUGGGUUCGAGCCCUGAACGAGCAGGCCUGCAGGGACGGGAGCUCCAUCCAGAUUGCCUUUGAGGAGGUGCCCCAACUCCCACCCAGAGCCAGCAUUAGUCAUGUGACCUGCAUAGACCAAUCAGAGUGCACCAUGGUGCUGCACUGCCAGCUCUCUGCUGAGGAGAUGCAUUUCCCAGUCUCUGUGACCCAGCAGUCUCCCGCUGCAGUCUCCAUGGAGACCUACCACGUCACUCUGACACUGCCACCAACACAGUUGGAAGUCAGCCUGGAGGAAAUCCCCGACGAGGGGCUGCUAGUGUCCUGGGCCUUCACUGAUCGCCCAGAUCUCAGCCUAACGGUGCUUCCCAAGUUGCAGGCCAGGGAGAGAAGCGAGGAACAAGUAGAGCUCUCGACAAUUGAGGAACUGAUCAAGGAUGCCAUAGUCAGCACUCAGCCAGCCAUGAUGGUCAACCUCAGGGCCUGCUCUGCCCCAGGAGGCGUGGUAUCCAGUGAGAAACCACCCAUGAUGCCCCAGGCCCAGCCAGCCAUCCCUAGACCUACUCGGUUAUUCCUCCGGCAGCUACGAGCAUCUCACCUAGGAAAUGAGCUGAGAGGCACUGAGGAACUGUGCUGUGUAGCUGAGCUUGACAACCCCAUGCAACAGAAGUGGACCAAGCCCAUGAGGGCUGGUUCUGAGGUGGAAUGGACAGAGGAUCUGGCACUGGAUCUGGGACCCCAGAGCCGAGAGCUGGCCAUCAAAGUGCUCAGGAGCAGCAGCUGUGGAGACACUGAGCUCCUUGGCCAAGCCAUACUGCCCGUGGGUUCCCCCUCCAGACCACUGUCUCGAAGACAGGUGUGCCCACUCACUCCAGGGCCAGGGAAAGCCCUGGGUCCAGCAGCCACCAUAGCAGUAGAGCUGCAGUACGAGGAGGGCUCCCCCCGGAACCUGGGCACACCCACUCCCUCCACCCCACGCCCCAGCAUCACACCUACCAAGAAGAUUGAGUUGGAUCGGACCAUCAUGCCUGAUGGCACCAUUGUCACCACUGUCACCACCGUCCAGUCCCGGCCCCGUGUAGAUGGCAAAUUAGACUCCCCCUCCCGCUCCCCGUCCAAGGUGGAGGUGACUGAGAAGAUGACAACUGUGCUGAGUGAGAGUAGCGGCCCCAGCAAUGCCUCCCACAGCAGCAGCCCAGGGGAGAGCCACCUUUCGAACGGCUUGGACCCAGUAGCAGAGACAGCGAUUCGCCAGCUGACUGAGCCCAGUGGGCGGGCAGCGAAAAAGACACCCAGCAAGCGCAGCACCCUCAUCAUCUCUGGUGUUUCCAAGGUGCCCAUUGCUCAGGACGAGAUGGCCCUGUCCCUGGGCUAUGCAGCAUCCUUGGGAGCCUCAAUGCAGGAUGAUGCGGGGACCAGCGGAGGUCCAUCUUCACCCCCCUCAGACCCUUCAGCCACGUCCCCAGGACCCCUAGAUGCCCUCUCCAGUCCGAGUGUCCAGGAGGCAGAUGAGACAACACGUUCAGACAUUUCUGAAAGGCCGUCUGUGGAUGAUGUCGAGUCAGAAACAGGGUCUACUGGAGCCCUGGAGACUCGCAGCCUCAAGGAUCACAAAGUGAGUUUCCUGCGCAGUGGCACUAAGCUGAUCUUCCGCCGGAGGCCUCGCCAGAAGGAAGCUGGUCUGAGCCAAUCACACGAUGACCUCUCCAACACGACAGCCACACCCAGUGUCCGCAAAAAGGCUGGCAGCUUUUCUCGCCGCCUUAUCAAACGUUUUUCCUUCAAAUCCAAACCCAAGGCCAAUGGCAGCCCCAGCCCCCAGCUUUGAGGGUUCUCCUCACCUCCUGAGCUAGGAGAGGGCAAGAGUUCUCUCAGCCCAUUCCCCACAUCCCUUUCUGUACCUCUCCCUGGAUUCCCAAUGCUAGGGCUAGGAAAGCCCUUGGGUUCUAGGAAGCCCCAUCCACCCUGGGGUGUGGGGCCAGCUGGAAGGGUAUCUGCAGUGGGAAGCACUGAGAGGUGGGCACCUGUUGCUGUGGACAUAGAAGAGAGUUGGUGGCUGGGGUGAGAGGUGGGCUCUGUCUUGGCACAUGUGGACAUUCCUCAGAAGCAUUUGCCCUCUGCUGACACCAGCCCUCUGAGGAGUCCCAGGGUGCUUGGCUCCUCAGCAGAUCUUUCCUCCCUUAUUUAUUCUCUUUUUCUAUUUAUAUGUGUGGUCUAGGACCCUCAGUGAACAGAUGGCAGAGGGCAUCUCUCCCAGGUGACCCUUAUUUUCUGUCCCAGGAGGGGUUUCCAUACCUCCCUCAGGUCCCCACUCAGACCAGCACCAAUGUCUGCCUCUGAGGACCUUGGUGACUCAUAGGAAACUGGGCCAAUGCCCGGGAUGGGGGGCAGGCUCUCCCCACCUCCUGCCUCCCCUAUGCUCCUCAUCCCUCCCUCCUCUCCCCCUUUCUUACUGUUUUGUACUUGAUGCCUUCUCCAUGAGCAGUGGCUCAGUUGGUAGGGGGGAACCAGGGGCAUUGUGGGAAGUCUUCCCCAAAGAGAUGGCUUUGGGGACUUUAUUUAAAAACUGGAUGAUGAUGGAGCAAGAGCAAGGCUGCACCUCUGUACAUUGGGGGAUAAUGAUGUCCAUUGCUGUGUGAUGGCUUGGAAUUUAAUUUAUUAAAUUAAAGUUAAAUUGGAAUUUAUAAACUG